GCUCUGGGAAAGCCAGUGGCACAGGUCCGAGGCUCGGAGCCCUUGUCCUGGUUGUUCCCCAGCUCGAAUGAAGACCAUUCUCAGCAAUCAGACUGUCGACAUUCCAGAAAAUGUCGACAUCACUCUGAAGGGACGCACAGUAAUAGUGAAGGGCCCCAGAGGAACCCUGCGGAGGGACUUCAAUCACAUCAAUGUAGAGCUCAGCCUCCUUGGAAAGAAAAAGAAGAGGCUCCGGGUUGACAAAUGGUGGGGAAAUAGAAAGGAACUGGCUACUGUUCGCACUAUCUGUAGUCAUGUACAGAACAUGAUCAAGGGUGUUACGCUGGGCUUCCGUUACAAGAUGAGGUCUGUGUAUGCUCACUUCCCCAUCAACGUCGUUAUUCAAGAGAAUGGGUCUCUUGUUGAAAUCCGAAAUUUCUUGGGUGAAAAAUACAUCCGCAGGGUUCGAAUGAGACCAGGUGUUGCUUGUUCACUCUCUCAAGCCCAGAAAGAUGAGUUAAUCCUUGAAGGAAAUGACAUUGAACUUGUCUCAAAUUCAGCUGCUUUGAUUCAGCAAGCCACAACAGUUAAAAACAAGGAUAUCAGAAAAUUUUUGGAUGGUAUCUAUGUCUCUGAAAAAGGAACAGUUCAGCAGGCUGAUGAGUAAGAGCUAAGAGUUGUCCAGCUACAGAAACAAACAACAGGAUGAUUCCCAAGACAUGCUUGUAAAUUUUAAUGAUGGAAUAAAAGACCUAUUCAUUUGGGACCUUUUCUUAAA